GAAAACCAAAACCUAGACAAACAAAAAUAAUUUUUUCUUCUCUGCUGGGUCUUAAUGUCUGGGACCCUCUGCAGGGUCUCUGGCUGGGGAAUCUUCUUGCUCCAUCUUUGUCUCCAGACACCCAAUCGUGGGAUCAGCUGCGGAGCAUGUGGUAUGUCAAUGGAUUGUAGAAGCCCCAAUUUCUCUCUAGAUGUUGCCUAGCAGGAGGGACCUGCAGGAGGAAGGGGGAGACCCUGCCCUUUCCCUGGGGAGUCCACUUUGAGUGGGCCCACAAGACUUUCACUAGCAAAACAACUAGAGAAGACCCAAAGCUGGAACGUUCUCCCAGCUAAGAGAGAACCAGAGAGCCCUCUGUUCCGCUGGUAGGUGCAGAAAUUGGGUCGCCUCGGGUUUUGCUUCAGUCUAGGGUUUUGCUCUAGCGGGUAGAGGGAGAGCUAGGAUUGUUUGGUGCCCCGCAGUGCUUAGAUUCCCUUGAUUUGCAGCCUAGGAGCAGAACAUAGAGAGAACUUCAGUUUUUUUUCAGGGCCAAGAGGAGGGUGCAGUCCGGGACUUCAUUGUUCUUUGCACCUCCAAGGCCCUGGACAAGCAGCUCAUCAUCGCUGUAAUGUCCACUGCGCACGCGAGAGAUGAGUCCCAGUGUACCCCCAAGUCCCACCUGCGAGGUGGGGUUCCUCGGUCCUCAUGGGCUAAGCCUUUCUGGCCCUCCCUCGGGGGCGGGGCUCGAAACCCUUGGGCUAGAUUCUUGCCCCCAGGCCCCCGAGUCCUGCACCUACCCAGCUAGGGACGUGCCAUGGGACAGCUGAUCGCCAAGUUGAUGGGCAUCUUUGGGAAUCAGGAGCACAAGGUCAUCAUCGUGGGACUGGACAAUGCAGGAAAGACCACCAUUCUCUACCAGUUUUUGACCAAUGAGGUGGUUCACACGUGUCCCACCAUUGGCAGCAAUGUGGAGGAGAUUGUUCUUCGGAAGACCCACUUCCUCAUGUGGGACAUCGGGGGACAGGAGGCUCUGCGCUCCACCUGGAGCACAUACUACUCCAACACGGAGUUCGUCAUCCUUGUGAUUGACAGCACAGACCGGGAUCGGCUGCCCACCACUCGGGAGGAGCUGUACAAGAUGCUGGCCCAUGAGGCACUUCGAGAUGCUUCAGUGCUGAUCUUUGCCAACAAGCAGGAUGUGAAGGACUCCAUGACCACCGUGGAGAUCUCCCAGUUCCUCACUCUCAGCGCCAUCAGAGACCAUCCGUGGCAUAUACAAGGCUGCUGUGCCCUGACUGGGGAAGGGUUAGUGGCUGCCAGACCUGGAUCUGGCCCACUAAUGGACAAGUGGUCACCAGAACCCCUCUCUUGUCUUGGUCCUAUCAGAUUCUGGCUCACAGUUGGUGACUGCCAAAUCAGAUGGAAAGGGGUUGAAUUGUUGAAACUGGGUGAGGGGGUAAGCUGUGCGUCCCCACUCUCCAGCGCCUUCUAAUGGAGAGGUAACCCUCACAUAAACACAAGGGCCAGGCUGCCAGCAGGGCUCCAGUGGAUGCAGUCUCAGGCCACUGCCAAAUGAUGUCCCAGCCUGAGGCCAAUGAGACAUGUUGGGGGUUCUGCAUGGUCAACAUGGGUGAAAAACUCAAAUGCCACUUUACCUUUCUAUGAUUCUCUGGUGGGAGCAGAGCCAGCUACGGACAGGGAGAUUGCCACCAUCUACCCAAGCCUUCACUGAGGAGCAGGACUGUAAGUCCUGGAUUGAUACAGACAGGACAACAGAAAAAACUGCCCCUCACUCCACGAUGCAAGUGUCCUUCUUGGAGACAUCAGGGAAGCUGUGAUGUGCUGGGGGAUUAGAAAGUGGAGCCCUCUCCUUCUCAGCCCUCAACCUGUCUGUAGGAAACACGUGGGAAGUAAGAGGUCCUUGAAAUUGUUUCUCAUUUCUUAACAAUAUCCACCCUCUCCAGCUUUCUAGAAAGUCUCUCAUUUUUGUCCCAUACCCUUUGAGAUUCCAGAAGGAUGAAGAAGGUGGCUUGGAGGCAGGAGGGUAGGGCCAAAACCUGGGAGGGGAAAGAACUUCCCACUCCUUCUGAGAUGCUGACUCUGACUGCAGUUUGGGGGCUGUAAGCCCCCCCCCCCCCAGUGGUAUUCCCUUGGCUCUCAGUAUCCAUCCAAUGUGAAUCCCACUUCUCCUAAUUGUUCCAGAUUCCUACAGGACCUGCUUAUUUUGUUUUUGUGUGAUGACUUUUUAAAUAUUGCAUUGAUAUUUUAAUA